CCUCCAUGAAUUUGUCACGCCCGGAAAAACUCCCGAAAAAAAGCCAUAUUUCGCCCUAAUCAUGAAUAUUCACGGAAAAUCACCCGAUGAUAUUGAUAAAACUUACAAUACUGAACAUUCUGGCCAAAUUUUGAGCAAUGUCAUUCAUUUAAAGUGGGUGAAAUUUAAAACCAAAAAAUUAAAAUUGGCUGUGUAAUUGUACAGGGCAAUGUACAGUGCAUGUGGCUUCAGAUGUAAACAAACCCUAAAACCUGAUUUUAUCUUCUAAUCAAGACUGAAACAUAUUGACAAAAGUUCCUACAUUGAAUUUUAGUGGCAUUGAAGGACUGUGUUGCCGGCCGGGGGCACUGCGGUAGCACACGACCAAUAAACAGGCGCUAGGCAGGUUGAAAAUCAAGAUUAUCCUAGAUGGGCAUUUCAGGUUAUUUUAAUCAUAUCCAACUUUAUAUUUCAGUUCAUGAAUGUUCAUGAUUCUCCAGAAUGAUAAAAAGGGCAGCAUCUUGGUCCUUGACCGUGUUUUAUUUGGUACAGCGACAGUGGCCUACUGUUGUCCAUAAGCGAUGUCUACACCUGACAACUACCCUCUUCAAUAAAGAUCAGAGGAUACCUGGCCAGGUCACAUCAGCUGAUGAUAAUCAAGAUUAUCUUGAGAUAGAUCACACUUUUAAGUCGCGGGUACAAACUGAUACUAUAAUGCUGAGGAGUGUGUGCACGCGACUGUUAUCGGAGGGUGCGAGUGACAUCAAGAAAGUUGCUGAAGAGAUCUGUAGUGAAAUAGGUGUUUCUUGUAGGAUCUGGACAUCAAACGUCGAGUUUGAUGUGGACAAUAUCGAGAAGAAAAUGCGUAAUCUUGUCAACGUGGGAUGCACGUUGAACCAGAUCUUAGAAAAUCCAGGAGUACUGAGAUACAAUGAGAACGAAAUUGCAAGACGAAUAAAAAAAAUCAAGGCCUUGGGACAGCCCGUUACUACCUAUUCUAUUUUAGGAAUGCACGCAAAGUCUAGUAAAUACUUUCUAAAAUUCAACGGGCUGUUUCGUGGGAGAUCGUGGGUGGAAGUUCUGUCGGAGAAAUUGGACUGUAGUAUAGCUGAACUCUUGCUGGACGUGUCACCGGCAAUGUCGUAUAUUCUCUGUUCGAAAUAUCCCGAUCGGAUGCUUGAAAAGAUUGACAUACUCUUGGAAGGAGGUUUCACGACUUUUCAGAUUCGUGGGUGUUUGCGUGUGUUGAAUAAAGACGUUAAUACGUUACGGAAACGCGUCGCUGAUAUUCAUGAGUUGGGACUCCAGAGGUUGAUGACCUGUUCGUGGCUGAUGCAAGGGGAGGCCAAAUUCUGGAAGAUCGUAAACAAUGCAAAGCGAUAUAAUCAGUGGGGUGAUAAGUGGGAGUAUUUGUCGAAAAUGUUGGACAUACCGAAAGAAGAACUUAAGAUCCACUUUAAGCGGAUUGACAUGGAGAAUGUCAUACCGAAAAUAGAACUCCUCAUCAAGAUUGGUUUCACUGGACAGGAGAUUUUAAAUCGUCCGAGAAUGUUGAGAAUUUCUGAGAAGAAAAUUAAAAACGUUUUAGAGGGUAUUACUGAAAAUGAAAUGGACCAUUUGGACACUUCGCAGCGAUAUUCGUGGGUUGUGAAUACGAUUCCUACGCUCCACCGUGGAGUCUACACUCAGAAGGCAGUCCUUUCUAAGCUGCUUAAUUGCUCCACUGAGACUUUUACGAAAAAUGCUGCAUUUUUAAAACAAGCCCUGUCACAUCCAGAUGCCACGAUUUUAGAAACAGUCAGUUUGUUAAAGAGCAAAGGUUUUACUAUUUCAGAUAUUGAGCAGUGCCCCCUUGUGUUAAAUCAUGAGCCGAGUAUCCUGAAUAGUUAUUUAGACGGUUUAGAAUGUAGGAAGGAACUACAGCCUUAUGCUGAGUGGGAAAAAGAUAAAGUGAAACUGUUAAAUGUGUUACAGUAUUUCAUUGAAAGAGAUAUAAACUUUUGUAGUACUGGUUGUAUGGACAAGAGACAGGAUUCAGAUGAUGUCUCUGGGUCAGACUUGUUGAAUGAUUUGGACUAGAUUCAGACUUGACCAAGGUAUUUUAUAAUUUUCAUUCAAUCAACUUUUCCCGGCUGUUUCUGUGAUUACCGCAAGUGAAUUUGAAUACAAAUAAAAUACUUCUUGUA